AUGGGUUCUCCUUCUAGAAAAUGCUUUUUUGUGUUUCUUCUUCUCUUGAGCAUUGUCUUAGACUUGAGCAUAACAACUGCUGGUGAUGCCAAAGUUGAGAAACAAUGGGGGGAAGAUGGUUGUGGAAUUGGUAGGAGAGGCUGUGGUAGUAGGGGAAGGGAAGGACGAGGGUUAGGUGGAGUUGGAGGAGGUUUUGGAGGUGGUGGAGGUGGAGGAAUUGGUGGUGGUGCAGGAAAAGGUGGAGGGUUUGGAGCAGGAGGUGGUGUUGGUGGUGGUGCCGGGGGUGGAAUAGGUGGCGGAGGAGGUUUUGGAGGUGGUAAAGGUGGAGGAGUUGGUGGUGGUGCUGGUGAAGGUGGAGGGUUUGGAGCCGGAGGCGGUGUUGGUGGUGGUGCUGGGGGUGGAGUAGGCGGUGGAGGAGGUUUUGGAGGUGGUAAAGGUGGAGGAGUUGGUGGUGGUGCUGGAAAGGGUGGUGGGUUUGGAGCAGGAGGUGGUGUUGGUGGAGGUGCAGGUGGCGGAGGAGGUUUUGGAGGCGGUAAAGGUGGAGGAAUUGGUGGUGGUGUCGGAAAAGGUGGAGGGUUUGGAGCUGGAGGUGGAGUUGGUGGUGGUGCAGGGGGUGGAGUAGGUGGUGGAGGAGGUUUUGGAGGCGGUGAAGGUGGAGGAGUUGGUGGUGGUGCUGGAAAAGGUGGAGGGUUUGGAGCUGGAGGUGGUGUUGGCGGCGGUGCAGGGGGUGGAGGAGGUUUUGGAGGCGGUGAAGGUGGAGGAGUUGGUGGUGGUGCUGGAAAAGGUGGAGGGUUUGGAGCCGGAGGCGGUGUUGGUGGUGGUGCAGGGGGUGGAGUAGGUGGUGGAGGAGGUUUUGGAGGUGGUAAAGGUGGAGGAGUUGGUGGUGGUGUUGGAAAGGGUGGUGGGUUUGGUGCAGGAGGUGGUGUUGGUGGAGGUGCAGGUGGCGGAGGAGGGUUUGGCAGUGGUGGAGGUGGUGGCAUUGGCGGUGGGUCAGGUCAUGGUGGUGGACUUGGAGCAGGAGGAGGAGCAGGUGGAGGCCUUGGUGGAGGUGCAGGAGGCGGCGGUGGCGCCGGUGGUGGUGAAGGAGGUGGUGUUGGUGGUGGUGAAGGAGGUGGUGUCGGUGGCGGUUUUGGCCAUGGUGGAGGUGUUGGAGCAGGUGGUGGAGUAGGAGGUGGCAUUGGAGGUGGAGCUGGAGGAGGUUCUGGACAUGGUGGUGGAUUUGGUGCUGGAGGAGGUGUAGGAGGUGGAGCCGGUGGAGGAGUUGGAGGCGGUGGAGGAUUCGGAGGAGGAGGAGGUGGUGGUGGAAACUAA